UUUUUAAAACAAAAAGGCUUUAAAAUGUUUUUCGUUCUUCUUAUAUUUGUGAAAAUUAUUCUGAUAACAUCUGGGCAUCCCAAUGAAAAUAGAAAAAACGAUGAACCAAUUUGUUCAAAAUUUGACUAUGAGGAAAAACUUUUAGAAAAAGUGAUAAGAUUGGAGAUGAAAAUGGAAAAGAUAAUAGAGGAAGUUAAAGAUAAAGAAAAGGACGUUAUGACCAUAGCGACCGAUGUGUCACAAAGAGUUGGCAAUAUGGAGAAUAACGCCAUUCAGUUUCAGCAUGAUGUCAACCAAACAAUGAUUGAGCUUUCUGAUAACUUCAAAGAAGAAACAGCUAAGCUUAAAAGUUUAGCAGACAAGUCGCUGUUGCCUAUCGUUGGAUUCAACGCUCUUUUAUCUUUGACAAAAACUGUGAACACAGGGAACAAGGUCGUCUACGAUACCGUAAUAACAAACCAAGGUGAAGGUUACGAUAGUGUUACUGGAUUAUUCACUGCACCGCUCACUGGACUCUAUUUCUUCACAGCCCAUGCUUGUAAUCAAGGAAACUUGGAUGUGAAGUACGCAAUAUAUCAAGAAGGUACACUCACAACCAAAAGUAUACAGUAUGAUAAUGGUUGUUAUAGUUGUAGCUCUGUAAGCACCAUCGCCAUGGUAAAUAAGGCGGAGCGGGUGUGGGUACAGAGUUUAGACACCUCUGUGUAUUACUCGGAUUCAUUCAGGUGGAACACAUUUGCUGGAUCGCUUUUGAACAGACAAGUGCGUUAAUUCUAUAAAUAAC